UUCGAGGGAAUUGAUCAGAAAUAUAGAUCCUGCAAACUACCAUAAAUAUAAUACUUCUCAAACUAUUUACGAGUUUCUCAAAAACAUACCAACAGAGAUAAUUAAUGAUGCUUGCUUGGCGAUAGUAACAACGAAUCCUAAAAGCUAUCUACAGUUGUACCAAGGAUUUUUCUUUGCGCCGGUAUACGAGCACGAGCACGAUGGUGCUUUUUUGACCAAACAGGCAUACGAAGCUAUGGAAGAGGGAGAUUUCAAUAAAGUACCAGUAUACUCGGUGCUACUAGCGAGGAAGACUAUUUCCUCAUGGAAGAUAAAGAAGGUCUCGGUUACAUAUCUGAAAUAUUCACACAAAGUCGUGAUUCAAUACCAGAUGAUAUGCAUGUCACUGAGGAGAAUAAGGAUACCAUCAAAGCUGAAUUGAUGAACUUUUAUACUUCCGGAGGAAACUAUGUGGACAACCCUAGGAAACUUGUCACGCUUAUGAGUGAUCAUGAUUUUGUAAAAUCUGUGCUAAAGUUCGCUGAGCAGUUGGUGAAACACUCGCAAAACCCAUACCUCUACCAGUUCUCUUACAAAGGUGUCUUGGGUUUUCACAGAAAUCAGUCAGCUUGUGGUUGGCUGGCGUGGGAGUUCGCUCAUUCAGCAUCACUGACAGUUGUACCCCAGAGCUUACACAGACCGUUCCGUAUUUUCACUGGAUACAGUUUUUUAUCAAAUUAAUAAGCAUGUCAUCCUCAAGUUAUGAGGCAACUAUAGAAAAUAAUGGCAACGACCUGCAGUUCAUCGCAGAUGAAAUUGCCAUUGCUCCCAUUAUUUUCCAAAAGUCACAAGUGCCAAAAAUAAAAAUGAGAAAGGACGAUGCCUAGAAGAAGAUGUUGAAAAAAUAGGAAUCAACAUUCGGUAAACCAUUAGAUACUAAAG